AUGAAUGAACGAUUAGAAACUUAGAAUUAAACUGAUAUAAGUAUAACGGAUAACAAAAUAAUCAAAAGAAAUCGUUUAAGACUAGAUAAAUUUAAUCAUCCAAUAAUAAAAGGGGUGAAAGGGAAACAAAUUGCUUUUAGAGAUACAAUAGAAGGAACAAAUUUAUGUGACAUAUAUAUUGUAUAGAAGUAUAUUGAAAAUAAAGAAUAAAAUAUGAAAUGUAGAUGUUAAUGCGGAAUUUAGUGA